AUGCUGGUGUUUGUCUUCAUUGCCACUGAAAUAGAGCUUCUUGUGGCCUACGUCGUACGAGUAGCAGAGGGCCUGGACAAAGCCCCCCCCCAGUCCACACAGGAGGCAACCAAGAUCCACGGCCAGGACGCCCCCCCCCCACAACCCAUGACUCCGCAGGCGCUCCACACCAAGCCAACACGACGCCACGCGAGUCAGCCUCCGCCAAACAAAGUCCGCAGUCAUGCAAUAGGUGCAAGCUCAGCCAGUCUUCCAGUUAGUCAGGUAGCAUUGUUGUCAGCAAACUUUGAAAAUGUCCAGAAGGGGCAAGGAGGUAAAGGCCUAGGGAAGGGAGGGGCCAAGCGGCAUCGCAAAGUUCUGCGUGAUAAUAUCCAGGGAAUCACCAAGCCCGCUAUCCGCCGCUUGGCUCGUCGUGGUGGGGUAAAGCGUAUCUCCGGACUGAUCUAUGAGGAAACUCGUGGAGUGUUGAAGGUGUUCUUGGAGAAUGUCAUCCGUGACGCUGUCACCUACACUGAGCAUGCCAAGAGGAAGACGGUGACUGCCAUGGACGUUGUGUAUGCCCUCAAGAGACAAGGUCGUACUCUGUACGGCUUUGGAGGCUGA